UUCCGGUCACUGCAUUCCAUUCCACACACAGAAAGCCCUCAGGGUAGAUGCUAGAAUCAAGUCAGCUAAGGGACCUUUUCCAUUUGGGGGAGGAGUUACGACACAAGGGGGAGGAGCUACGCCAGCGGGAUAGUUCCUCUACUGUCCACGCCACCAACUAUUACCUUUAGUAAUUAGGUGGUGAGCGAAGCGGAGCGGAGCGAGCCACCGUGCCCGAAGCGUGGCGAGCGAAGCGAGCCCGCGAGGGUACUUUUCGGGUACCCUGUUCGCCCGUAGCUCCUCCCCCUGGCGACGUAGCUCCUCCCCUCGAUACGUCACAAGGUCCCUUCAGCCCCUCCGAUAUAGAACCAACCGAAGCCUCAGUGUCCGUAGAGAUCAGGAGGGGGAGUAUAUAGAGGAACACGGGUCUGUACAAGGACGUGAUGAUGGAGAAUUACCAGCCCUUCACAUCACUGGAUGGGUCCAGUAACAGAAAUACCCCAGAGAGAUGUCCCCGUCCUCUGUAUUCCCAGGAUUGUACAGAGGAGAAUCACAGGAUCCCACAGGAUCAGGUAGAACGUCUGUCUGAUAUGAAGGCAGAAGAUAUAGAGGGAGAAGAAGAUGCAUAUGUGACUGAUAUAAAGGCAGAAGAUAUAGAGGGAGAAGAAGAGACGUAUGUGACUGAUAUAAAGGCAGAAGAUAUAGAGGGAGAAGAAGAGACGUAUGUGACUGAUAUAAAGGCAGAAGAUAUAGAGGAAGAAGAAGAGGCAUAUGUGAGGGGUGAUCAGCAGUGUAAGGAGGAGGAGAUCCCUACAGAUAUCAGCACAGCAAUGUCAUCUGAGGAGUACCGCCAAUUCUGGUCAGGAUUCAUUGAUCUGUACCGUCAGAACGAGUGCCUGUGGCGUGUCAGAAGCCCGGACUAUGCCAACAGAAUCAAGCGGAAUCGGGCAUAUCAGCAGCUUAUUGAGUACAGUAGAGGCAAAAACUCUGAUGUUGAUGUCAAUUGGGUGAAGAAAAAAAUUUCACAUUUCCGAACAGUAUUCGUGAAGGAACGCAAGAAGGUGCAAGAUUCACAGCGAUCCGGAGCCGGGACUGAUGAGGUCUAUAAACCGACGCUGUGGUACUAUGACCAAAUUCAGUUCAUUAUAGAGCAAGAGGCGCGGGUAAGGUCACGGGACGCUCUAGAUCCAGAGUCUCCAGUUCUUGUCGAAGAGGAGGCCCAGGAGAGUCUGGAUCUGGAUGCUACCCUGGAGCUGGAGGUGGAGCCUACCACAGGCCAAGGGGCAGAAGUGGAGGAGCCGGUGGCGCGCCCAGGAAGACCGAGGCGCACGGCAAGGAGGACCACUUCUGCACCCUUUAGCACCCCCUCUGGCUCCCAGCAGUUUUUUCAACGCGCUGAGGAGGUUUUGCAUAGGCCCCCGGAUGCCGAACAACAAUUUGGCAAUUUUAUUGCAUCGGAAAUGCGCCUGAUGACGGAUGAUCAAAAAUUCAUCGUCCAACGGUUAGUCAAUGAGAUUGUCUCACGUGGCAGGCGCCAAACACUGGUGUCGGCAUGUGAGAUAGUGCCAACUGACCCUUGGUAUCACCCAAAUUUGUCCCGUCCCCCCUUCCCAAACAACCCCCCCAUGGAGCAUGCGCCGGUAAACCCCUCUCAGCAACCGUAUUUUAUUCCUUCGGGAGCCACACAGCCCAGCCCCUCCCCCCCAAUCUAGCACCUCGUCCAGUGGCAUGUACUCUGACAUGCAGAGUACACAGUCCUCUGUGCUGGGCGACCCACGCGUUUUUCAUUUAUAAUUAGUUUUUUGGACCCGGUUUUUUAGUUUUGUUAGAAAAAUCUGCUGGUGACCUUAUCCUACGCUCUUGCUCAAAGUGAACUGUAUUGAGGUCAUUAGUACUGCAGCGUCGGUUUUGUGUCCUCACUGUCCCGGACUACGGAUCGUUGUGAAGACUGCACUUCUUGUGUUCCUUCCAGACUGUUUGGAAAUUUGAUGAUGUUCUUCACCCAAGGCAAAAUUGCACUGUUUACCUCUACUGUACUCGGAUAUGCCCGUUUCCUGUUCUGUUGGCAUAGUCCCUGUCCAAAGGCACUCGUUCUCAUUGUACAGCUUAUGAAUCCUGGCCAGAGUUGGCGUUGGCAUUUAAUAUUUUUAUAAAGUUUAUAAAAAACAAA